UUUACGUACCUGGUGAUGUCAUUUGUGAUAUCUGUGAUAUUUUCAUUUUUCUACGGAUGGAAACUAACACUUGUGAUUCUCAGCUGUGCGCCGAUUAUCAUUCUGGCAACGGCAUUUGUUGCGAAGAUGCAAAGCACGCUCACUGAAAAGGAGCUGAAGUCAUAUUCAUCCGCUGGUGCCGUAGCAGAAGAAGUCUUGGGCAGUAUCAGAACGGUGGUGGCGUUCGGUGGCGAGAAGAAAGAACUCGAAAGAUAUCGAGAGCGUUUAGCUGGGGCUGAACUGAACGGUCGUCGCAAAGGCUUGUUCUCUGGAAUCGGUGGUGGUAUCAUGUGGUUCAUCAUCUACUGCUGCUACGCGCUAGCCUUCUGGUACGGUAUCAGCCUAAUUUUGGAAGAUCGUGGAAAAGAUAUCAAGGACUACACGCCCGCUGUUCUGAUCAUCGUACUGUUUGGAGUGUUGGCAGGGGCACAAAAUCUUGGAUUAUCCUCACCGCAUUUGGAAGCGUUUUCCACCGCGAAGGGUUCCGCAGCGACGAUCUUUUCCGUCAUCGAUCGAAAGCCGGACAUCGAUUCGUUGGGUGACGCUGGUCUACGGCCUGGUGUUAUGAAGGGCAACAUACGAUUUACCAAUGUCUACUUUCGCUACCCUGCUCGUAAUGAUGUACAGGUACUGCAAGGCUUAAACCUGGAGGUAAAAACCGGUCAAACCGUGGCUCUUGUUGGGCCGUCUGGCUGUGGCAAAUCGACUUGUCUGCAACUAAUCCAACGGUUGUACGACCCAUUGAGCGGAUCGGUUACCAUCGAUGGGACGAAAGUAAGUGAGCUAAAUAUUGGCUGGUUGCGUUCGUUCAUUGGACUGGUCGGUCAGGAGCCGGUACUCUUCGCCACUACGAUCGCCGAAAACAUACGCUAUGGCAACCCGGACGCCAGCCAGAGUGAAAUUGAACGGGCUGCAAAAAUUGCAAAUUGCCACAGCUUCAUCAUGAAGUUGCCAAACGGGUAUGGGACGAUGAUCGGUGAACGUGGUGCUCAACUCUCAGGUGGGCAGAAGCAACGCAUUGCAAUCGCACGUGCGCUAGUACGAAAUCCAAAAAUUCUCCUUCUCGACGAAGCCACAUCGGCCCUUGAUCCCAACUCUGAACGCCGUGUUCAAGAUGCGCUGGAACGCGCUAGCAAAGGUCGUACAACGCUAGUUGUAUCGCAUCGACUGUCAACCAUUACCAACGCAGACAAGAUCGUGUACAUUGACAAGGGCAUCGUUAUGGAACAGGGCACGCACGAGGAUCUAAUGGCUGCCCGUGGGCUGUACUACGAACUAGUUGUGGCUAGUGGAUCUCAGAAAACGGCCGAAGAAGACGAAAAUGUACCAAUGGCACCGAGCGUACACUCGAUGCGCCAGGAAUCGGUCGAUGAUGGCGCAGAAGCAUCGGAUGACGAGUCAGACAGUGGCAAGUCGGAGGAGAAAAACGAGGAAGAGCAAGAAGAGAUUUAUCCCGUGUCGGUACUUCGUCUGCUCAAGUUAAACUCACCGGAGUGGCACUACAUUCUUUUUGGCUGUGCUGCUGCGAUUGUUGUCGGAGCAUCCUUUCCGGCGUUUGCGGUGCUCUUUGGCGAAAUGUACGGCAUUCUUUCCGUUGCUGAUCCUGAGUACGUAAAGGAAGAAUCGAACUUCUACUCGUUUCUUUUCUUGGUGCUCGGGUUGAUCACGGGCUUGGGCACAUUUUUUCAGACAUAUUUAUUUAAUAUCGCAGGAGUCCGCCUGACGUCCCGGCUGCGUCAAAAGUCGUUCAAAGCGAUCGUAAGCCAGGAAAUGGCCUGGUUCGAUGAGGGACGGAACGCAGUUGGAGCACUCUGCGCCCGUCUCUCAGGUGACUGUGCCAGUGUUCAGGGUGCUACGGGUACUCGCAUUGGAUCGCUACUACAGGCUGCCUCGACCAUUUGCAUUGGUGUGGGCAUAUCGUUCUUCUACUCGUGGAAUCUGACACUCGUCUCGAUCAUCGCCAUCCCGGUGACGCUUGUUUCGAUUACACUCGAAUCGCGGUACACGCAAAUGAGCGGACUGAAGGAGAAACAAUCGCUAGAGGGGGCGACCAAGCUGGCAGUGGAGGCCAUUUCCAACAUACGCACGGUUGCUAGUUUGGGACAGGAAACACACGUGCUCCAACGCUACAGCAACGAAACGGUCAAAAUAGAUGAAGCAUGUCGUCAGAAGACGCGUCUUCGUGGGACAGUGUUUGCACUCGGUCAGGUCAUGCCAUUUGCUGGCUACGGUCUGGCGUUGUUCUACGGUGGCAAACUGGUGUCCGACAAGGAACUCGAGUACAAGGAUGUGAUCAAGGUCUCGGAAGCACUUAUUUUCGGGGCGUGGAUGUUGGGACAGGCGUUAGCGUACGCACCGAACGUGAACGCUGCUAUUCUGUCGGCAGGACGACUAAUGAAGUUGCUCGAUCGUACCCCUAGAAUGCACAACCCAUCCAGUUCUUGUAGAAGAUUUCUUAGUUCAUGGUCGCCUUUUUUUCACUUCCAGCGCACGGAAGGCGAUAUCAAGUUCACGGAUGUAGAAUUCCGUUACCCAACGCGUCCGACCAUUCCCGUGCUGCAGGGGUUAAAUUUGGAAAUUGGAAAAGGACAAACGGUGGCUCUAGUGGGUCCCUCUGGGUGCGGCAAGUCGACCUGUAUUCAAAUGUUAUUGCGAUACUACGAUCCUGAUAAUGGAAAAGUGGAUAUCGACGGCACAACUACGACGGAGUUUGCCCUCAACCGUAUCCGGUCGCAGAUGGGCCUGGUGUCGCAGGAACCAAUUCUAUUUGAUCGCACUAUCUCGGAGAACAUAGCGUACGGUGACAAUACCCGGGACAUCGCGAUGCCGGAGAUCAUCGAGGCGGCCAAGAUGGCUAACAUACACGAGUUCAUCGUAAAUCUACCGAAAGGAUACGACACAAGCUUAGGUAGCAAAGGCGCUCAGUUGUCCGGAGGCCAGAAGCAACGUAUCGCAAUCGCUCGUGCUCUGGUACGGAAUCCGCGAAUCUUGCUUCUAGACGAGGCGACUUCUGCCCUAGAUAACCAGAGUGAAAAGAUUGUUCAAAAUGCGCUCGAUCACGCGCGUACCGGGCGCACAUGUAUCAUCAUCGCCCACCGGCUGACCACGAUCCAGAACGCGGAUCUGAUUUGUGUCAUCCAGAAUGGCGUCGUCGUGGAAUCGGGAACGCACGACGAACUGCUGACACUGAACUGUAUCUACGCAAAACUGUAUCAGAUGCAGCAGGUAGCGUAGAGGGCUAUCGGCCAGCGUAAGAUGGUGUCGUUCCUAUACUCGCACUGCGUUCCGAAAGCGUUGCGAUGUCGCCAUUUCUUGUGUGACAUAUAUAAGUACAUAUUUAUGGAAGCCUUAAAAACAGUAUUUUAGCUCUCAUGCACGCGAAAAACAGAAACGUUUCUAGUAAAACAUCAAAAACUAACAUCAAAAAUAAAAUCAGCGAUUUAGUCACGACACGUGCCGUAAGUUAUUCGGCAAUGGCACGCAGUAGUAAACCCAUUACGAGGUUUUCGGACCUUAAAUAAACUGAAGAUAAAUUGUGACGUCCCACCUUCUUUCACACCUAUGGCAAAGCCUCCUAUUGAAACGUGGCAAAGUUAUGUUUUUUGCUGCAAACGUACGUGAUAUUCGAAGCGCCUCCGUAGAAAGUAAUCUUUAGUGAUAGCGAUAUUUUGACUAGGGAGUAUACCAUACAAAAACAAACCUAAAAGGAACUAGGACGGGGAAGGUUCAACCUCCCUUGAGUGCCUGACAAUGAUGAUUCUCAACGAUGAGAAGCGCUCUACGCCACUGAAUUGUUGCUGACGAAUUAUUGCGUAUUGUUGCCUUUCUGUAGAUUAGGCACGUAGAUAGGCAGGGGCUCCAGUAGAUACCGCCCUAUCGAAUCAUGCUGUAAUAUUCUUUUAGCGACUCUUAGACACCUAAUUAGUAAUCUUUGGUGAACAAAUCUCAAUCGAAAAAUGUCAAUCUUGCACCCUACAGUAAGCUAAUCAGGCAAAGUUACAGAGUAGCAGCACAUUGAUAGUAGGCCUCAAUAGAUUGAACAUGGUUACCAUGGUCCAAGUGGUGGCGGCUAGUAAAAAAUCCGGUUGAUAGCAAUUAUUUAUAUCUCGGAUGCGUGUGUCUCUCGUAUCGUAAGUGAAUAUUUCAAGUGUAUGCGUGUGUGUACAUAUGCUCAACAUCGUGAUGAAAAACCGAAAUGAAUGAAUGGCUAAUUGCUUGAAUGGUUGCAUGAUUGCUUCAUUGAAUGCACUUUCUAUAAAAUUGUUGCGUUAAAUGUCUUAGGCCAGUUGGCAACUUAAGAUUUGCUACUCUUUUAUUCUCAAAUCCACCAGUUUUAUUAUCAAUUGACUAUUUUCUUAUGCUGGAUGAAAUGCUAAUCUGUUUACUACUAUUACCAUAAUAUUACUAUUAA